AUGGCGCACGCGAUAGCUGGGCAGAUCGGCAAUCCGUCGGUGGAUCGGUGCUUGGUGGAACUUCAUGUUUUUUAUGUCCCUGAAGGAUCUUGGAACUAUCAGUUAAAUACCAUUUCAAUAGAAGUUGUUAACAAAUUAAUUUUAGCUGGAUUUAUAAGGCAAGUAUUUUGUAGUCAUGUUACAAUGUGCCUGAAAAAGCAAUCUUUUUUUUUUCUGCAGAGAAAAAUGCUUUCUGGAAAUUCAAAAAUUCUAAGUGAAAAAUAUUUUAUUCAUGUGAUGGAUCCAGUCCCUGACUUAAUGAAUACUAUCAAUAGAAGCUUUAAUUAUUUCCUCAUUUAUUUCCAGGUGAAGGCAAAGCAAGAAUCAGAACUGAAACUCAAAUCAUUUGCUCCUCCAUAUGCUCUUCAAUCAGAAUUAUAUUUGCUUCCUAUAAUGUAUCAUUUAGGAAAUAUUUAUUCAGCAUCAUCAGCAGUUUCUUUAGAUGUGCAGCAGACUAAUAAUGGUGUUGCUGAGGCUGACGGAAUAAUACACAGACCACUUAGUGUAACUUUGUCAAAGGAAGAACCUGGAACAGAUCCCAGUUGUUUAGAAAACACUUUGAAAAAGCUUCUUAACAAGAAUCAGGAAGAAGCUGGGGGAAAAGCCACUCCAAAUGAAAAUCAGAAUGGAAAUAAUCAAAUUGGAAAUUCUGAAUUGCCAGGAUCACAGGAAGAUUCAGAUAAUGAUUAUUUUAGCGGCAAAAAGAGUCAGUUUCUUUGGAAAAAUGAAGAUGAUAGAACUAAUAUCUUUAGAAGAGAGGACAAUCAGCUAGGUAAAAAAGAGUGCAUCAGCCUACCAGACCUUAUUGAUUUUCCUUCAGUUCCUUGUCAACCUGCUCUUUCUCCAGGAAUAACUGAUAUAUCAUUAUUACAGAUUGAGAGUAAAAUAUUAUCGAAAAAAAUGAAACAAGUAAAGGAAGAAAGAAGAUAUCUGGAAAGAAUUAAAGAAGAACUAAUAAAAAAAGUUGAAAGGCUAUUGGAACAAGGCCAAUUAAAGCAAUAUCAUGCCUAUGAUGUUUGGAAGGAAAAGUACUUUGAAACAAAGAAAGUUACAGCAUCAUUGGAGGAGAUUUUAACAAAACUUCGAGAAGAUUUGGAACUUUACUAUAAAAAAUUGCUCAUUCAGCUUGAAGCCAGGGUGAUCAAGAUGAGACCAAAGAAUCUGGCAACCAUCACAGACUCUAAGAAUUACCUUAUCAUUCAGAUCACUGAAGUACAGCAUGCUAUUGACCAACUUAGAAAAUUGGAUACUGACAAAAUGAAACGGAUAACAGAAAUUAAGAUGAGAAAACAAGCAGUUUCAGAUUUACGCACACUGAAAGCUGAACUGGCACAGAAGAAUUUAUUACAUCUUUUCAAUCUCAAUAAGGUAUGUUAACUUAAAAUUUUUAUUUGUUAAAAAACUUACUUGAACAGAUUUGUUUAACCGUUGUUCUCCUUGUUUUCAUAUAAAUUAUAAGUUUUACAUCUUUUCCCUUUUCAUGUGUUUAUUAUACAGUGUUUCAGGAGAUAUUAGAUGUAAAAAAGCAAAAUGGUGUCUAUUUGACUAUUUUUGAAGGUUUCAGAUGUGUAACAUAUUAUUUUACAGUACUAUAUUUCAUUAUUUUCAUUUUUUAAUAGUCUUAAAAUGUAAUACCUAGAAUGACUGUAAUAUGAAAAAUCAUAUAUUUUAAUAAAUAUGAAUCUAACUUGCAUCUACAGCUAUGUAGAGAUUAGUACUAAGAAUUUAAAUUUUUAAAAUUUAUUUUAAAAAUACAGAGACAGCAGUAAUUCAGCAAGUACUGUGGAAAAUGGUUGGUUUUACUUUGCCGUAAAUAAUUGUGCAAGUAGGAAAUGAAAUAUUCUCAUAACAGAUGACCUAAUUGUCAUUUAUUCAAAUUUGGAGAGGGAAAAAUGUACAGGGAAGGCAGGAUUUAUGUAAAUCCAGAGUUUAAGGAUGCAGAUUUCUAAUCUAAGUAUUUAUAGGAACUAAUAUAAGUUCUACACAAUAUUCUUCUUGCCUUGAGAAAGGAAACUGAGACCUCUGUACAUUUCUUUGCACAAAAUGUCUCUUUUAGAAAGAAAAAAACAGUUGAGAAACCAAUGUCUUUAGAUAAUUAAAAGUAAAAUGCAGAUAUAGAAAAUGAAAAAAAUUUAACCAUGGAAACAAAACUAACCAAGAAAUAUAUUAUAGAUGUCCAUAAAUGAAGGAAUAUUAAUAAUUGGAAGGGUAAAUGCCAAUGAAUAGAAUCGGGUUCAACACCAGGUUUUUCAUAAACAUUUCAGAUAUAACCUCAAAAAAAUAAUUUAGUUGGAAAAUAUUAGGUGGCUCUAACCUACUAAUUCAAAAUAUUAGUACUAAGUUAUCUUCUUGUAUUUUCUAAGUAUUUUGAUCCUUUAUAUUCAUUAUUCCCCCCCCUCUGGAGGCAUAAGUGAGUUUAAUUCAGGUGACUCAGAGAACAUGAGUGCUGUAUGGAAUCAGGAAGGAGAAAAAUGAUUUGCAUCAAAUGAACCUAAAGACACAAAAUUGCAGGUUUUAAAUUUAGAUUUAUUGAAUAAAAAAUAUAGAGCAAACUGAUUCCCAAAGACUAAAUUUUUAAAAAUAUAUUUCUAAGCAAAAAAUUUCUACUUCAAAUUAUACAUAUUUUAGAAAUUAGCAUUGAUUGGUAAGCAUAUAUUUUAAUAUGGAGGAAAUUUUAGCAUAAUAAAAUUGUGAAAGCAGUUGUUCCCAACUAUAAUAUUAAACAUCAUACAGAGGAAUAUUUGAUAUGGUAGGUUGACUUGUUUCUUACCUUUAUGUUGUACACUGAAGAUAUAAAUAGGUAUGUAUUUUUCAAAUUCAAACAAUCAAAGCAUUUCUUUAUUCUUUAUCUGUUUUUGAGUACACUAAUAACUAAAAUAUGUAGCAAUCUGAAAAAAGGUAUAUAUUUUUUAAUCUCUUCAAGAAACUAGAUCUGUUUAAACAGAUCAUUUUUCUAAACCUUAAUAGUUUAACAAAAGAUGUUCAUCUCUGUCACAGCUUUGGUUUUAAAGCUUUCCACAUUUCUUCAGUUUGCUGUUUGUCUAUAGCAUCUCCAGAGUAGUCAAGACAGUUUGCAUGCCACAUGCCAAUGCCGAGUAAGCCACGGUUUUGUACAUAUGCUGCCUUUAGAGAAAUGCUCUGAGGGUCAUCAUACCACACUUGAUGAAAAUGCCCAGCCUGAUCCUAUACAAAUAAAUUAAAAUGUAACUUUAAAGUAUUCAGUGCAAUAAGAGGGAAAGGUGUUUCUUAAAUCCAAUGAUUCAAGAAGGAGUCAAUGAAAUAAUAAAAAUUUUAGGGCAUACAUAAUACUUUCCAUGGUUCUAUAUGUAAUACUUUCUAGAUAUCAUUGCUUAUGGCACUUUUACAACAAUAGAGAUUACACAAAUGAGCCUCCCAGUAUAUCCUAUUUAAAAUCCUUCUUAUGCCCUAAGAUUCUUUCCUUGCUCUGAUCUGAUGAUUAUCAACCAAGAUGUACUGUACACAUUUGAAUCACUUGUGAGGGCUUUUAAAAACAGAUUCUUGGGACCCACACCACAUGAAACCUAUUGAAUCAAAAUCUUCCAGGGCUAGUGCUAUAACAUAUAUUUAUUUGUUUCUUUAUGUUAUGUUUUAAUGUUCCAUUAGGUGAUUCUGAUAUGUAGCCAAGGUUAAGGAGAAUCACUGCUUUUGUCCUCUAAAACCAGCUUAUAUACUUUUUGGGAUUUCCUUACAGUUCCUGGAAAUGUGCCUAGUUAGGAGCUCAACAGGUGAUUUUGUUUAUGAUGAAUGUCAGUGGACAAAGAAAACAUCUCCUUUUCUAGGUCUUACAGAAUUGAGUCUAAGAGCCUGUUGGGUCUGGACCCCAUGGGUGACUUAGGCACGCACCUAAGAACCACAAACUAGAAACUAGUCUUAUGCUCACCUUCCACCCUGUAAAGUCCUUCUCCCCAGCAUCACUUGCCUCUAUCUAGUGCUAAACACAGUCUCUUUUAGAAGGUAUGUAAGCUAUGGAUAAAGGAUAAAAGAAAGAGGAAAGGAGCAGAAUUAGGCAAAAGCGUAAAGGAAGAGAAAAAGAUAGGAAGUAAAAAUAGAAUGAUCUGUGAUUUAAAAUAAUUUACUGAUUUUUAUAUGUCUGGGGAACUCUUUAAAGACAGUUCUCAAUGAAUACCAGUAAUAUUUCUAUUUAUGGUAGCACCACGAGAAUUAGAAUCAUCUCCUAAGAUGACUGCUUUAAAGGACAAUAGUCACUUGGUAAAUGAAUAAGCUAUGGCAUAUUUAAGUAUAGUAGAUUCAUUACAUACAAGCAUAUCUCAUACUAUAUCUUAUAUUCCGUUCUUUAAAAUCUUUAGAACUCGAAAAAGCUAUACAUGCUCUAGUUCCAAUUGUGAUUCAAUAUUAAAAGGCAACUUGCAAAACCUGUACCUAAAUAUGGAAAGAUUUAUUUUUGUAGAGUCAGGGGCAAACCCAAAGACAUGCACCUUUGAAUUUUGCCAUCAUUCUAGCUAGUACUUUGAGCCUUUUUGAUAUGUUAAGAAAUUUCAAAUGCCUCAAAUAGUGAAGGAUCAAAGGAUAAAAAACUGAGUAUAUGUAAGUUUGACAGAUGUCUGGUUAAGGAAUGUAUGCCUCCAAGAAUAUUGAGUGCAAGAUGAAGCUGUUAUUGCUAAGACAGCAUAAGAAAGCAGAAUGAUUCUCUUCAGUUAAAACAAAAACUUGAUUUGGGUUGCUGUGGAAUUUUACAAUGAAUGAAGAAGAACAAAUUGGUUAUAAAUAGAUGGUUGUCUGAAGUGCCAUUAAAUGAAUGGUUUUCAAGGCUCAUCAAAAUGUUUUCUGAGUUCUAAAAUCUUAAAGAAUGUGUCUUCUUAUGCAUUAAGGAAAAAAUAAGUCAGGAAUUACAAAAAACAGUACAUCAUAGGGUAAAGUAUUUAUUCUAAAUUACAUAUUUCCAAACUAUGUAUAAUUGGUUAAACAAACCCUUUACCAAACUGAUAUCCAUGAAACACUGUUGCCCUGCAUGUUUCUAAGAGUGCUAGGAAACAGAGUUCUAUGUUAAACAAUUAAAUGGCUUUAUGUACUGUAGUACAUCUUAAAUCCUUGAAUAUAAUGUUAUAUAUUAUAAAUCUCCAAGAGAGACUUACAGUUUGUAGUGUUUUCCAAAUAUAUUUGGCCAUGGCACAUGCAUGUGUAUUUGUGUGUGUUUGUGUUUUUUUAGUAUAUUCUUUUUAUGUUUAAUCUUUAAAAUGAAAAAAAUAUAUACAAUUUUAAAGGUUACUUUCCAUUUACAGUUAUUACAAAAUGCUGGCUAUAUUCCCUGUGUCGUACAAUACAUCCUUGAGCCUAUCUUAAACCCAACAGUUUGUACCUCCCACUCCCCCACCCCUGUCUUGCCCAUCGCCCCUACUCUUCCCACUGGUAACCACUAGUGUGUGUGGGUGUGUGUGUGUCUAUGUGUUAUUAACAGUUCCCAGAACAGAGUUCUAUAAAUACUUUUUGGUAAAGACAGGAUCACAGUGUACCCUAGUUUAAUGUUUAUACUUAAGAUUCUAAAGUUUAUAAAGCUCUACACUAAAGCCUUCUACAUAAUUGAUAUACAGGCAUGUACAUGUAUAUCAAUUAUAAUUUAUUAAAUUUGUAUAUUUGCAGUCAUCCUUUUGUAAAUGGGUACCAGACCAUUAGAAAGAAAUAUAAGUUGUUGCUGGAAUUAACGUUCAUCAUAUCAUUUUAGGGUUCCUUUUGUAGUAACAUAAUUCAAGGUAAAUUAAAGAUGGUUUGUACUUAGAUUUUUGAGGUGUGAAAAAGUUUUUAUUAUGCUAAAGGUAAACUAUGGAAAAGAUAACUUUUCUUUGUCCCUUUGGUAUGGCAAUUCCUAUUUAUCAAACACUACCUGACAGAAUUGCUAGUCAUUUACUCUGUUUCUUCAAGUUUCUGUUUGUAAUAUUUUUCUGUCUCUAAUUUUUAAUUUUGUUGAAUAUCACAUAGUUUGAAUUGUGGAAUAAAUUUGAAAUGAUACCA